AUUCAAAAAUCAUUAGUGAAUAUCACUAAAUAAUAAAAUGAUUCUGUGUUAAAAUACACAAUAUAAUAAUGGAUCGUAUAUACGCACUUGGUAUAUCGUGCAUAGAAUUCAUUCAAUACUGGUUUAAAGAUUCUGAAGAUUUCUUUGAGUUUGUGAAUAAUGUGUCCAAUCCCCACCAUGUGCUGGAGAUUAUGUUUCCAGUUGUUUCCAUUGUGGACUCAGUGUUUGCAGCUCAACUUCUUCUCUGCAUGGCAUUUGGGGGCUGGUUGAAUGCUGUUAUGAAGUGGUGGUUACUAGAAGAUCGACCAUACUGGUGGGUCAGAGAGACUAGUUUCUAUAUCGGGCAUCGACCACAGCUGCGUCAGUUCCGUCACACCUGUGAGACGGGACCCGGCUGUCCCUCAGGUCAUAGUGCGACCACCGCCAUGAUCCUGAUGCUUGCUGUUAUGUGGAUAUCCCAUGUCAUGAAUGACAGAAAAUACUACAUAUGGUGGUGGAAGUACGUGGUGUACCCGUUGUUUGCGGCGGGGCUCGGCUCAGUGAUGUUGGCGCGUAUGUUCGUCGCCACACACUUCCCACACCAGUGUCUGUUGGGCGCGCUAGUCGGAUCAUUCAUAGCUCCAGCGCUGUGUAUAUACGUGUCAGAUCCUUUCAUCUGGCAGUACGGGGCGCACGCGAAGCUUCCAGUCUCCCGCGCGGUCGCCUGGCACACCUUCAGCGCGGUGAUAACGGUCAUCAUCGCUGCCGUCACCUACUUCAGCCUUACUCUCUGUGGAUGGGACCCACAAUGGACAGUGAAACUAGCGUUCCGUUGGUGCGAGAGUCCUGAUGACAUCCACGUGUCCACGACUCCUAUGUACUCGCUGGUGCAGUCCACAGCCGCGUUGCUGGGCUGGGCGCUAUUUGUUACACCGGCGGUUGCACAAUAUCGCCACGACUCCAAGAAUAGGUCGUUAAUAAUUUCCGCCUUCACAACCGCCUUGAUAUUCUACGGCAUCCGUCACUUCCAAGAUAAUAUAUGCAAAUCUCACGCGUGGUGGUAUUAUGCUAUGCAUUUUUUGACAGGCGUUUUGAAGCCGGCCUUACUACUACGACUGACCCCGGCGGUUGCCACGUGGCCUUUCAGAACACAGGACAAGCAAAAAAUAGCAUAAAUAAAAAAUGUAUACGUUCUCACAUUAAUACGAUCUUCAAAUGUCGUCAAUUAUGUUUUAAUAGCAAUAAUUAUUAUUUAUACCAAAGAAUAUUAAUAAUUUUUACUCUUGUACAACAACAUUGUAUACUAAAAAAAAUUGAGCUAUUAUUAUUAUU